CGUCGGUGGUUACAUUUCAUUAUUGUUAUCCUACCACCGCAUGUCCACGGCGACCACCACUUUGCAGAUCGCCGGCAGGGUCCAUUUGGCACACCCUCAGCCGAAGUCUCCUUCCAAUUCCCAAUUAAUCACUGAAGCGUAAACUCGAUGCAUUGAAUCCGCAGGAUAACAAAAGCAGAGUUGUUGAAUCUUAACCAUGAGGAGCAGAGCUGGCUUCCACAGACAGCAUGGGAGGCACACUGGAGGCUCAGGAAUGAAAGGAAUGAUUGUGAAGUUAUCUCUUGCUGCUGUAGUGCUCUUGAUCUGCACGCUCUCCUUGUUCUUCUCUUCAACGGGAACUUCGAAUGUUCAAUCCAGCUAUCGCUCCGAGAUCCAUGUAGAAGAGCUCUGGAGCAACGCUGAUUCCGGCGGUUGGCGCCCAUCGUCUGCUCCGCGAACUCAUUGGCCUCCUCCUCCGAAUGAGAGCAAUGGCUACUUGCGCGUUCGAUGUAACGGUGGACUGAAUCAACAGCGUAGUGCGAUCUCCAAUGCUGUUCUUGCUGCACGGAUCAUGAAUGCUACGCUAGUGCUACCCGAGUUGGACGCGAACUCUUUUUGGCAUGACGACAGUGGCUUCCAUGGUAUUUAUGAUGUUGAGCAUUUUAUCAAAACACUGAGGUAUGAUGUUAAAAUUGUGGAAAGCAUUCCAGAAAAUCAGAAAAGUGGCAAAAAAAAGAAAAUAAAGGCUUUUCAGCUUCGUCCUCCUAGAGAUGCUCCUAUAAGUUGGUAUACUAAUGAUGCUUUGAAGAAGAUGAAGGAACAUGGGGCAAUCUAUCUUACUCCCUUUUCACAUCGCUUAGCUGAAGAAAUUGACUAUCCUGAAUACCAAAGAUUGAGGUGUAGAGUCAACUAUCAUGCUUUAAGAUUCAAGCCACAUAUCAUGAAGCUAAGUCAAUCAAUUGUUGAUAAGCUUCGAACACAAGGUCCCUUUAUGUCUAUACAUCUUCGGUUUGAGAUGGACAUGUUGGCAUUUGCUGGCUGUAUCGAUAUACACAAACUAUAAUUUCAUCCUCUCGGUUAAUUUAGAGGCAUUGUUCUGUGAGAAGGAGAUGAAGGUGUGGUUGAGGGGUGGGUUGCUGGAGUAAGGUUGAUUUUAUAACAUUGAUGUAAUGAGUUAGUGUCGAUCUUCAGGUUGAGUUGAGAGGUGAUCAGCAUGUACCUCAGUGGAAGACAAG